CUCGUCUGCGAGAGAGAGGGGAGCGCGCGCGUAUCGUCCAAAACCACACCAAGAAUUGUUUCUCCGGCGUCGGCGGACGGUCGGCGAGAACUUUUUCGGCGUUUAGCCACACAGACAGGCAUCAGACACGAUAGCGGUACGAGCACGAGGAGUGCACCUGUGAAGAGGAAACAAGCUAGGAACAUCUCAGGAAAUCAAAAUGUCGGACACAGAGGUCGUUGAACCGAAAAAGGGUCGAGGCCGCCCUGCCAACCCCGAAAAGAACAGCGUCGCGCCCAAAAAGCGGGCCCGCGAGGCCGCUUCGCCCAAGGAUAAGGCCGCGGCCGAGGACAAGGCCGACAAGGACAAGGCGGUGGCCUCGGACGAGGAACCGGUGGCGAAGCGCGGCCGGGGCAGACCGAAGGGGGCGGGUGCCGUUGCGAAAAAGGCGCCAAAAGCCAAGAAACCGGAAGCGAAAAAGGGAGGACGCGGCGGCGGAGGCGGAGGCCGAGGCAAGAAGAAGCCCGCCAAGAACGAGUCCAGCGAGGAGGACGACGACGACGACGACGAGAGCGAGGAGGAGGAAAACGAGAGCGAGGAGAACGACGAGUCCGACUCUUAAGCACUCUUACCUUAAACUAACUUUAACAAUUUACUAAACUAAAUAAAACAAAAA